AUGGAUAUGGGAAUGAUAAAAAGAACAGGAAGGAAAGCCUUGUUUACCGGUGUUGGAUGCAUAUUGGCGCCUUUGUUAAUUGGUUUGUUAGUUGAAAUGCAACUUAAAUCAUUGUGGCUGAAGGAGGAAGACGUAUAUACAAUUCUAUUCUUAACAACAAUACAUUGUAUAACUCCAUUUCCGGUCCUUGCUUGCCUUCUUGAGGACCUCAAUAUCUUGAAUUCUGAAUUGGGUCGAUUAGCCCUAUCUGCCGCAUUGGUAAGCAAUACCUUAAGCAUCAUGAUUAACGUUGGUACCAAAUUGAUUAUAAUUUACAAGAGUCAAGGUAGUAUGCUUGCCGCUAUAAGUUUGGGAACAGCCAUCAUCUAUUGUAUUGCCCUUCUAUUUGCAAUUCGACCAGCAAUGUUUUGGGUAAUCAGGCAGACACCGGAAGGCAGGGGUGUCAAAGACACAUACAUUCAUACCAUCUUGCUAAUGUUCUUGGGCUCUGGGUAUCUUUCCCAUUCAAUUGGUCAGGGUUUAUUCUUUGGACCUUUCAUGCUCGGUCUCGCAAUACCAGAUGGACCACCUUUAGGAUCAGCCAUUGUCAACAAGUUCAACUACUUCAUUUGGGAUGUGUUUAUGCCGAUCGUUGUAACUACUUGUGGAAUGAGGACGGAUCUGAGUUUAAUCAAAUUCGAUAACAGCUUUGUGGUAUUCCACGGAAUCAUCAUUGUUUCGAUUGUUGUGGCCAAAGUGGUGGCUUCUUUGAUUCCUGCCUUAUUGUCCAAAAUGCCCUUAAAUGAUGCUCUGGCACUCGCUCUUUUAUUGAGUUGCAAAGGUGUAGUCCAACUUUUUCAGUAUACAUAUCUCAGAGAUAUUGAGGCCAUAACAGACCAGGUGUUCACUUUGUCAAGUGUUAGCAUCCUAGUGACUGCGUUUUUUGGGCCACUUCUAGUUAAGAUGUUGUACCAUCCUUCAAGGAAAUAUGCAGGUUACCAGAAAAGGGAUAUUAUGCAUUGCAAAGACAACGAAGAGCUACGAAUCCUAGUGUGCAUUCAUAGGGCAAAUAACAUUGCUGCUGUGACCAAACUACUUGAAGUCUUGUGCCUCUCUAGAGAAAGGCCCGUUGUUGUUUAUGUGAUUCACCUUAUCGAGUUAAUUGGGCGAGCCUCACCUAUUUUUAUUUCCCACCAAUUGCAGAAAAAGAUUGUAUCCAAUAGUACUUCCUAUUCAAAGAAUGUCAUUCUCGCCUUCAAUCACUUUGAAAAUGUCAACCAAGGUACUGUAUUAGUAAACGUCUUCACAGUAAUUUCUCCCCUCAAGUCCAUGCACGAAGACAUAUGCAUCCUUGGAUUAGACAAACUCACAUCCCUCAUAGUACUCCCGUUCCAUCGAAAAUGGUCCACUGACGAUUUUGUUGAAUUAGAGGACAAUGCCAUAAGGACCUUAAAUUGCAGUGUGCUUGAACUAGCACCCUGCUCUGUUGGGAUCCUUGUUGACCGUGGUCAUUUAGGCUGCUCAACGUUUUCAUCACAGUCAUCCUAUUCUGUUGCCAUGAUCUUCUUAGGAGGUAAUGAUGAUCGAGAGGCACUAAUUUUUGCCAAGCGCAUGGCCAAUCACUCGAAAAUUGUCCUUACUGUGGUUCACCUUGUUGCCUCUAGCAAUGAAGGUGAUACCCACUGGGACAAAUCGCUUGACAAUGAAAUACUUAAGGAUGUUAAACUUAACAAUGUGGGUGGUGAAUAUGUGAUAUUCCUAGAGGUGAUGGUGAAAGAUGGGCCUCAUACAGCAUUGAUAGUUCGGUCUAUGGUGAACAAAUACGACCUUAUUAUUGUUGGCAGACAACAUAAUGCAAAGUCUCCGCAGACAUCUGGUCUUACAGAGUGGAGUGAAUUUCCAGAGUUGGGAAUUAUGGGAGACUUGCUUGCCUCAUUUGAUUUUAACAACAGAACUUCUGUUUUUGUGGUGCAACAACAAAAGAAGAAGACCUAG